AGCUUUCAAACGUGUCGUUAGAUUCGGAAUAUAAUCGGAGUCUGGAGCAGUGUGAAGAACAAGAAUCAUGCUUAUUUGAAAAGAUUUUUAGGUGGUCUUUUUUCAAUAGCAUUUGUUCUAAGUUGAGCGGACGAGAUGAAGUAGUUUUUAUGGCGGAGGAAGAAGUAGAUCAUAGUCAGGUCUUACUAUGAUAUUCUUGGAGUAGAAUUAAAACCGAAUAGCAGUAAGCGGCGUUGGAAAGAGAAAAUGAAGAGAACGCCGAUGCAGGUUUCCCUGUCAUCCCCACCAGCCGGUGGCGAUGAGGCACGGAGUGGUGGAAGACGGCGCAUUUCCUCACGAGGCUAUGUCGGGCCUGGUCCUGCGUCCCGUAGGCGGUCGAGUUUGAAUUCUUCCCCUUCUGGAGGUCCAGCAGCGCCAGCGCGACUGAGUCUUAGGGCAUCGGAGGAAGAAGAUAUGUCUCCCACAGCUGUGCAACGCCGACCAAAGAUUUCUGGUAGCUUUUCUGAGAAGAAGCUACCGGAAGAGCAGAAGCAACAUGGCGGUGCAAAUGGGGUCGGUACGGCUGCUUUCAAGGAAGUGUUCGGGGAGACGAGUAGUAACCAAGCAGGUACGACUUCUGCGAAGGAUCUCUUGCCGCCGUCGACGAAGCAGGCCGAGAAAGGGGAUUCCACAAAGAAAGAUUGCGAGGGCAGUCGAGAUGAUGACUUCAGGUUUGAAUAUCUCGAUCCACUCCACUUGAACAACUGCAGUGACCAGAGGGACACCCGGUCGUUAUCCUCAUCAUCCACAAGUAGCAACAGCAAGAACGCUUCUCCCACGCUCGACCACAAACCUGCAACCGGCGCAGUGGGCUUAGCACUAUCAUCCAGCUCGUCACUGCUUGUGGGGAAACCACAACUAGCAGGAACUGUCGGCAAAAAGCCACCCGGUGGGCCCGUAAUAGCAGGAACAACAUCUAGUGCCUCCGCAACGGGGAGGCCGCCUCCGAAGAAGAAGCCAAUACUCCCAUUACGGGAGAAGCGGUUACGCGCCUGCGCACGUAAGGUCUACAAAAAAGUCAAAGACCCUGCCGAAUACGCGCGAUUGGCUAUUCGCUAUGGUGAGGAACUCCUGAAUCCUGCAGGUACAGUUCUGUAGUUGGUUUGUGAAAGAAUGGUAAAACUUGUUGCCCCUGUAUCGACAAGCAAAGUUGUUCUUGAAGAAAAAGCUAUUAGAUUUUGGCAUGAUUCUUGUUUUUCGAUUUAGUGUGCAAUACAUAGAACACUAUUUUUCCUCUGUACCUCUUCCAGAUGACGAUGGCAAUAGGAAAACGACGCCGAAGGCUUCCGGAUCUGCAGCAUCGACACCGAAGCUAAGCGCAUUCGAUGCCGCGCGGCAGCAGCCAUUAAGUCCCUGGCUUGGGCACACUUUUAGCGGUCCCCUAGCAACGAUUCAAGAGGACGAGUCUGAAGACUUCUCCCAGUAUCCGAUAUUAAAGAAGAGGGUCCUAAUGUCCAGCCCAAAACGGAAAAAGAAAGCAGCUUUUGCAAAGCGCGAGGUGAAGCCCGAUAGCGAAGCAGUGACCGAAACUGUGCAGCCUGGUGGAGCCGCCGGUGAGAACAGAACGAAGUUUGCUGUGCUGCUGAAAAAAAAGUCGUCAGGCUCAGGCAAAAAGAAGAAGAAGAAAAAGUCAGCGAUGUUCCACGUUGGAACUGCGAAGAAGCUGAACGUCAGAAAGAAAGGCGUCCGAAAAGAAGCAGGAGUUGCAGUGAACAACAGUAAAGACGACGAUUCCACAACGAUCGAGCAACCGGCAAAGCAAGAUGUGGGACAACAACAGCAAGAACUUUCUUCUUUGAAGUCAGGAGGGGCAGCCCGGGCUACUACAAAUGCUAUGGCGAACUAUGCCAUGUCUAAGUCCGUGCCUGCCAGCAACGGCGGUGUAUUCAGUGGAGUCAUUGGCUUUUCCGGCGUUAAUUCUGGAAACACUUCUCUUUUAUCAGACCCCUCCAGCAGCAGUAGCAGUAGUACUGGCAGUAGGAGCACCAGCUACAACAACAGACUGGGAAGUGGCAUCGGAGUAGUAGCGCAGGCAAAGAGCAGCAGUAGCAGCAGCAGCAGCAGUACCGCCAAGCAGACGCCAGCGUUUCAGACACCUUUUAUGGUUCCGACGACUACAGCGCGCCACGUCAUGCAUCAACAGAGUGGAAUCUUGUCGUCCUUAGAAUCCUCGUCGGCCUCCUCCUCUGGAAUGUUUCUUGCGCCGCGAAGCAGUCCGCGUCCGAUGGAGCAACCCGGAAGCGGCGCAGUCCGACAAGGUCCGCCUGCUUUAGUUCGGCCACAAAUUAUAACCCAGUCAACGACUAGGAGUGGGCUUGUUCGAACCAGAACUUUGCCCAAAAGUAGCAGGACUACAAAGAGCACGGUUGCAACGAGUGUAUUCAAUAUUUCGCGAAUGGUGCCUUCAGUCCAUCAACAGGCUGUAACUCAGCAGGCGGCAACGACACUCCCAUUUGCUUCAGGCUCAGGCGCUGCAACUAGCCUAGAAGGUCUAGGCUGGGUAGAGUGCACUCAUUGCGGUAGUUGGCGGAAGGUGUACGGCACACUGGUCGCGAUUGUAGAGAGUUUGCCAGAGGACACGCAGUUUGUGUGCAAAUAUCUCCACGGUUGUGGGUGCAACAUUCAGUGUGAUGAAGCAGGCGGAGAUGGUUUGCAAAUAAAGCCGCGUAUUCUCAGCAAAGAAGGCUUUCAAUACCUAGCGUCUUUGGGAUGUGAUCUGAGGCCCUUGUUCCCAACGUAACUGAAAGCUCGACUGUAACGUUAUCUCUACCUCGUUGUACUACCCCUCCCUUCGUUUACUUGAUGAUGCACAUCUAUUGUAACGGAAGAACCGUAAUAGAAAACGAUUUUACCUCCUCCUUGUCCUUUUCGUAGAAAGUCGGACUCCGCUUGUUACAACUCUUUUGCUCCCUCCAUACGAUAAAAUAAAUCAAACAAGGCGGCAAACUGAACUUUCCCCAAUAGUUCCGAUUAUUGCGGCUAUGAUAUUGGCUCGCACGACAUCCCCAUCCCGAAAACAAGAAUGCUAGAGAUGACGGUGAAUGGUUCUUCGUCUACUUUUCUUCUAUUCAUCAUGUUGUUUUUUACAUCGAGUUUUGCACCUAGGCGUAUUGAAUAACCGUGGCGAAGAACAAAAUCGC